CUUUCCAGUUGGUGUCGAAAGACAUAAGUUAGGCCAGGAUGUUUCUACACAAGGUAUACAUAUUACCAUAGAUUGCAUGAAUUUGAAAUUUUCAUAAUGGCUUGGUAGACACUUCAUGUGAUAGGCCAUGAGAUGUCUCUUUAGCAUUGAAUUUCAUCUUCCCUUAUUGUUUCUAUCUUUGAGUAGUAUCCUAAGCCUUUCCUCUAUAUAAACGCCACGUUAUUUGGAUUCACAAGCAACAAGAGUCUUUCCAUAUUCAAUCUCUCCAAAGAAAUUCGAAGUUUGGUAUUCCUUUCCGUGUCCCAUAUUUGGAAUCUAUUACGACAUGGGUUUCCGUUUGCCUAGAAUUGUUACUGCAAAGCAAAGUCUUCAGCGAUCUUCAUCAACAGGAAACGGAGCAUCUCCAAAAGCUGUUGAUGUUCCUAAGGGCUACUUUGCUGUUUAUAUUGGUGAGGAACAAAAGAAGCGUUUUGUCAUCCCACUAUCUUACUUGAACCAGCCUUCUUUUCAAGAUUUGUUGAGUCAAGCGGAAGAAGAAUUUGGAUAUAAUCAUCCAAUGGGUGGCAUCACAAUUCCUUGCAAUGAAGCCUACUUCCUCGAUCUCACUCGGAGUUUGAAUGACUCAUGAAAGGGAAUUAGUAUCUAGAAAUAGACAGUAUAUACAAAGGAUUAGAAAAAUACAAAAUGUAGACUCUGUACAUUUUUUAAAUGAAAAACUUGAUUCUUUAUGAAGUUUAUAUCCUCUUUUGU